AUGGUUUGGAGAGAGGAAUUUGAACAAAAAAUUAUGGAGACCCCAGUUUUGGAUGGUAUCAUCUCAAAGAGGCCGCUGAGAAAGAAAGCAGGUUCCAGGAAUUAUGAUGAGAAUUUGAUGGAUGAGUUUAUAGAGACGCAUUUGGGUGCUUCUUUGAGGAAAAGGAAUAGAACGAAGGAGGAUUUGGAGAAAGAAACUGAAACUGAGGCCAUGAUAGCACUCUCUCUUGGCUUUCCUAUAGAUGCGUUGCUUGAAGAGGAAAUCAAAGCUGGGGUUGUGAGUGAAUUAGGUGGGAAAGAGCAAAACGAUUAUAUUGUUGUGAGGAACCAUAUACUUGCUAAGUGGAGGGAUAAUGUCCGGAUUUGGCUUUCGAAAGAACAUAUAAAGGAAACUGUGAGUGGUGAAUAUGAACAUUUAUUAUCUUCUGCUUAUGACUUUCUUUUGUAUAAUGGAUACAUAAAUUUUGGAGUUUCUCCGCCGUUCACGGCUCUGAUUCCUGAGGAGGCCAGUGAAGGUUCUGUAAUAAUUGUUGGUGCAGGACUUGCUGGGUUAGCAGCAGCUAGGCAGCUGUUGUCAUUUAGGUUCAAGGUUGUUGUCCUUGAAGGCCGGAACCGACCUGGGGGGAGGGUUUACACUCAGAAGAUGGGUAGAAAGGGGAACUUUGCUGCCGUAGAUCUUGGUGGAAGUGUUAUUACCGGUAUCCAUGCCAAUCCUCUGGGAGUUUUGGCUAGGCAACUUUCCAUACCUCUUCACAAGGUUAGAGAUAAAUGCCCUUUGUACAAGCCUGAUGGGGCACCUGUUGAUGAGGAAAUUGAUACCAAGGUUGAACUCAUCUUUAAUAAACUACUCGAUAAAGUCACCCAAUUGAGACAAAUGAUGGGUGGAUUUGCAAAUAAUAUUUCUCUGGGUUCAGUUUUGGAGACACUUAGACAACUGUAUGCUGUGGCUGGAAGUACUGACGAAAGACAACUCCUAGAUUGGCAUUUUGCAAACUUGGAAUAUGCAAAUGCUGGAUGCCUUACAAAUCUUUCUGCUGCCUACUGGGAUCAGGAUGAUCCUUAUGAAAUGGGUGGGGAUCAUUGCUUUCUUGCUGGUGGAAAUUGGAGAUUAGUAAAAGCAUUAUGUGAAGGAGUUCCUAUUUUCUAUGGGAAAACUGUUCGGACCAUUAGGUAUGGGAGUGAAGGUGUUGAGGUGAUUGCGGGGGAGCAAAUGUUCCAAGCAGAUAUGGUCCUGUGCACUGUUCCACUAGGGGUCCUAAAGAAAAGGACAAUCCGAUUUGAACCAGAAUUACCUGAAAAAAAGCUUGCUGCAAUUGAUAGACUGGGAUUUGGAUUACUGAACAAGGUUGCAAUGGUAUUCCCUCAUGCUUUUUGGGGAGAAGACCUGGACACGUUUGGCUGUCUCAGCAAGUACAGCCAUACAAGGGGAGAAUUCUUUUUGUUUUAUAGUUACCAUACUGUUUCUGGCGGUCCAGCACUUGUUGCACUGGUAGCUGGGGAAGCUGCACAAUAUUUUGAAUACAGGGAUCCAUCCACCUUGCUUCAUCAAGUUUUAAGCAUCCUCAAAGGUACUGCACAUGUUUAG